CAUCGCACGCCACCACAUUUAUUCCGUGAGUCAUUCUACAUGAAGUGUGUCUUCCUUUACAGAUACAGAUAAAGGCGUGAUGUUGAGAAAAGAAACAUGUCUACUGCUUCUUAUAAUUCCUGUGAUUUCUGGAUUUAAUGUCGGAAUCAAAGGAGCCAAGAUUUUGACCGGAAGUCGUGGGUCAAUGUUGGGCUACUCGCUCGAUUUUGCUACCAGAGGGAACAAUGUUUGGUUAUUGGUUGGUUCACCAAAGGCAAAUGAUUCUACAGCCGUGCCGACAGGAAGCAUGUACUACUGUAAGCCGGCCGGACUGAGAACUCUGGGGGACUGCGGGGAAAUAGACGUCAAACGCUUCGCUCCUGUCAGUCCAGGUGGAGGGUUCAGAGAACACCGCACAGAAAUGUGGCUGGGUUCCUCAGUAGAUGUUGGAAUGGUUGCAAAUGCAGUGACGUUCUGCGGACCACGUUGGAUGAGAGAUUCCUCAGAUAGUAACGUUCGCGCAAUGAACGGACUCUGCUACGAAGUGCCAUUUGGAUGGCUAGAAGGAGAUGACUCAGGACUCGUAAAGCCCAUUGUUUUGGUUGGAUUGUACAAUUCCGAUCUGGCAGACCAGUUUACAAUAGCAGAUCAAGCAAAAUUUAACCAGACCUUGAAGUAUGGGGUAUCCGCAUCAGGACUCUCCAUUAAGUACUUCAAUGAAGAAGUGUUAGUAGGAUCUCCAGGUUUAAAUGAAUUUGCAGGUGGAGUCCUCAAUGUGAAGGGAGCUACAUACACACCAGAGGAGGAAGAUACAACUGAAGCCAAACAGGGGCAGAUGUACGGCUAUGCGAUUGGUGUUGGAAGGUUCUAUGAUGGAACCACAUAUCACUUUGCCAUCGGUGGUCCAAGGGAUGGUGGCUCAGGCAAGGUUAUGAUAAAGGGCACUGAUUAUACAGUGAAAGAAACAUUGACUGGAAUGGAGCCUGGGAGUUAUUUUGGGUCGGUUUUGUGUGUCGUACCCGGAGAGAAUGGAGGCCCCGAUCAUCUACUGGUAGGAGCUCCUAUGUACGGUAACAUGCAGACCUACUCCAACUACUACAAGAGCAAUCAGGAGCAAGGGCGGGUGUACGUGUACGGAAAAAGCCAGACUAAUAACAAAUUAGAGGUGAAACAGACACUAGAAGGAUCCAAAGCUAGAGGGGCCAGGUUUGGCUUUGCCAUGGCCAAUCUUAAUGAUUUCAACAAGGAUGGUUAUAAUGACGUAGUUAUUGGGGCACCUUUUGAGAAUGACGGACAGGGAGCGGUGUAUGUGUAUAUGGGGUACAGGAGAGGAUUUUACUUGACACAGACAAUUACUGCAGGCCUUCAACAGUACACAUUUGAUUUAGCUGUUGGUGCCUACAAUUCGGACAUGGCCUUUAUCCUGUACACAAAUCGACCAAUCACAAUGGUAGUGGACACAAAGACCAACCUAUCACUACCAGCGGGAGGGGGAAAGGCUACAAUUAUACCCCAAAACACGGAGGGGUUCACACUAAAUGUGUGCUUCGAUUAUGAGGGAAAUAAUAUUCCUUCUGAUGUGUUGGUGACCUUUACAGUAACAGCUGAUACAGAAUUUAGGGCCAGCACUGGCUCUAAUGUGGAUCGUGUAUGCUUCAUUAAAUCAGAUAACACUUGUGUAGACACAAUGACCUCAAUCAUCCAUAUUCAAGGCAGUUUUGCUCCUUUGGCAGAACUAACCUGCCCAAAGUCUCCAUUACAAGUCCUUAUCAAAGACGACUGGAAUAAGAUGAGGGGAUUGUUUGUUCCUGUGGUCUUUGAUGUGGAGUUUACGGUAUCUACCAGUGGGAGUACAGAGUGCACUGUGGGUUGUCCCAUGGUCAAUAAGUUUGAUCCUAAUAAUGACGACCCAUUUGCCAAGACUCGGAAAUAUUCAUACGAGCUGGCAAGAGAUGGGUGUGGAACGGAUAACAUAUGCCAGUCAGAUGUCAAACUUAUGGUCGUGGCACCCGACGAGAUCAUAACGGGACCGCAGGCUGAAUACACCAUUGAAGCCACCGUCAGUAAUGAUGGAGAACCGUCCUACAACACUGAAGUCUACUUUAAAUUCCACCCUAACAUGACCCUCUCGGACACAAUGAGUAUCACUAAAAACCUUCCCGUAAGCUGUUCACCAGACAUUGGUUCAGUGCAGUGUUCCCUCAAUAAGCAAAAGAUGGCCCGAGGAGAAACAUUCAAAUUUGCUAUCAAACUGGACAGUAGUCAAGUCCUGCCAUUGACUGACUCUUUUAAUUUGAGAGUAGAGGUGAAAUCAGACAGUAAUGAUCUUAGUAUGCAGGACAAUGUUUAUACUAAAUCUGUGGAAUUAAUUACAAAAGUGGAUGCUACUUAUAAUCUUGCUGCCAACCCAGAGGUUCACAUAACCAAAACAGCUCCAGAAAAACCCACCAUAGAAGUUUACCACAGCAUACAAAUAGUUAACACUGGGCCAAGUAAUCUACUGGACACAUUGACUUUUGACCUUAAUUAUCCGCAGUCUAGCCAAGUUAAAGUUAUUAAAAUUGUUCUAAAUGUUUCCGCUGCGACUGAUGACACACUGAUAAGAUGCCAGAAUCUCCGGCUACAGCCUGAGGGUAUGACCAAUCUAACCUACAGAGCGUUCACGGUUCCCUUUGAUGAAGCUAGAAAUUCAAGAUCAGGGACCAAUUUUGAUUGCAGUGUUGGAGGAUCAUGCUCUAGCUUGGAGUGUGAUAUUGGAACCUUCAUGUAUGACAGCUUCAUUUCAGUGGAUUUUUCUUUUGAGGUUGUCCAAAACUUGUACGAUAUAAUAAAUGAUCAAACAGGGAAUGUAAUACCAGAAGUUCCCAUAGUAACCACCUUUGAACCAAAAACCAAUAACCCAGCAGUCAAUUUACAGGUUCAAGGAGAGGCCAUGAACGAGACUUGCGUAGUCAGAGUGGUGACUAGAAUUGACUGUAAACCAGUGGAAGAGGACGUUCCUGUCUGGGCUAUUGUUUUACCUAUUGUUAUUGCCGUCAUUAUUCUCGGGGUCAUCGUUUUCGGUCUAUGGAAGAAAGGAUUCUUUAAAAGAAAAUACAAAGUUCGAAUGGAAGAACAGAAAGCAAGCAAAGGAAAACCAGAUGAAGAUGAUGAUUUUGACAAUCUUCAUCAAGCAACUGUUGUUCAAGUGAAUGAUGAAACAGACGAUGAAAAGCCAAAAUUAUCAACUUUUACAACUCCAACAGAGGAGGGAGAAAAGGAGAAGAAAGAAGAGGAAGAGGAGGAGGAUUUAGAUUUUGAAACCAAUAAAGGUGAAGAACCUGAUUGGGGUGGGUUAGAUAAGCUAAUGGAAGAUUUGAAUCUUAAGGCAGGUCGUGAUGCAGGGUCUGGGCCAGUGGUAGAAGCCCCUGUAUCUAAACAUUCAGAUAACCCAGUGAAUGCUGUUGUUAAGCCUACCGGCAUGGACUAUGAUGAUAUAGAGGAUGAUGAAGAAAAAGUGACUGAAGGGACAAGUUUGAUUCCUAGGGAAGAACCUUCCAGUCUGAAGGAUGAGGAAGCAAAGACUGAAGAAGACAUUCCUGACUAUGCUAAAAUAGAUAAAUCUAGGAAAACUUCUCAAAAAGAGCCACUUUUAGGAGAUUCAGCAAAAUCAGAGGAUAAUGAAAUCCCUGAUUAUGCUGUAGUUAACAAAAACAAGAAAAAAGACGAUUCUUGAAGAAAAAAAAUGUAUGUUUCUUCUAAUGUUUUAACAAAUGGUUGUCUACAAACGCAGGUGUACUCAUGAAUGUUGUGAAAUUGCUUUAACAACAUAUCACAUAUCAUGUGGCCAUGGUCAGCUUUAAGUGUUUGACUGAUAGAUAAUAUGACUGAUUUAGCAGGGGUCUCUGGUCCCUUUCAUCAUUUCACACUGACACCAUUUAGAUGGUUAUGCUGAAGAAGAAGAAGACAUUAAUUUUUGAGUUCUUUCCAAAAUGGUGUUCCCAGAGAGGGAUAUGGUUAUUCUACAAUUUCUCGUUUAUUUAUUGCAUGCUUAACAACCAAGAAGUAUCAGACUGUUGUCAAAGGCUUUUAGUGAUUUGGAAUUAAUAUUAAUGUCUUUUUUUUUUUGUUUUGUUUAAGUUUAUUAUGGUUUGAUUAUAGUCUUUUAUUUACGUAAACUUGAUUGUAAUGUUAGAAGAUAAUAUUAGUAACAGUGUACAUUGGUAUCACAGACAGGGCGGCAGCUCCAGAGUCACCGGAAGUAUCAGAACCAGAAUCCAG